GGAAAAAAAAACAUGGCGGAGAGCUGUGCGUGGCUGCUGGUGCUCAGCACCGUGUUUGUAUGCAAUCUCUUUAAAGUCCAGCUUCCUACCUUUUCCUCGAUUUUAUCCAGGUUACUGCAGAAGGAUGCAGAGCAGGAGUCUCAAAUGAGGUCUGACAUUCAAAGUAUGAGACAGGAGCUCUCCAGUAUUAACAUGAUGGACGAGUUCGCGAGGUACGCCAGGCUGGAGCGUCAAAUCAACAAGAUGACCGAUAAACUUAAAACCCAUGUAAAAACCAGAACUGGCCAGCUAGCCAAAGUCAAGUGGGUUGUCAGCAUUGUUUUUUAUGUACUACAGGCUGCUCUGAUGAUCUGCCUGAUAUGGAAGUAUUACUCUGAACCCGUUAUCCUGCUGCCCAGUAAAUGGAUUGCACCUCUGGAACGCCUGGUCGCCUUUCCUACAGGGAUUGCAGGUGGAGUUGGUAUUACAUGUUGGCUGGUGGUGUGCAACAAGGUGGUAGCUGUUUUUCUGUACCCCAUCAGCUGAGGAGGUGAGAAUCCAAACAAGCGACCACCCAAAUCCUGUGCACUGAGUAC